AUGUCUUGGGAUUCAGGGUUUAGGCGAGCACAAGGCAAUUUUGACCCCAGAAAUCCGGCGCUGAGCGUGUACUUAAUUUGCUUCCUGAUGAACUUCUUUAGAGGCCGCAAGCGGCUGUCUUUGAAGGAGCAGCACGCGGUGGCUCUUUGCGGGCUGAGGGGUACAGUCGCCUUUGCGCUGGCGGAAAGGGCUCAGCAUGACUUUGGGGGCCGAGAGGGACAGGCCAUCCUGACGUUCACUUUAGUAGUGUGUCUGUCGUCAGUGCUUCUGUUGACGCCGGCGCUGUUGUUCGCGCUGCGGCCUCUGGGGGUUUUCGCGGACGACUUUGAAGAAGCUGACGGAGCUGCUGCUGCUGGGGAGCUGCCGCUGCACAGCAGCAGCAGCAGCAGCAGCAGCAGCAGCAGCAGCAGCAGCGGGCCAGCAGAGCUGACCAACCAGCAGCAGCAGCAGCAGCAGAGGAGCGUCUGGUGUAAAAACAACUGCUGCGAAUACCUGCGGCGACGGCUGCGUCUGCUGGAUCGAAACUACCUGACGCCCUUUUUCGCAAGUCCCUUGAGACCUCGUGGGCGGCCGGGAGAAGCAGCAGUUGAGCUGCAGCAGCUAACUGCAGAAGAGAAGCAGCAGCAGCAACAGCAGCAGCAGCAACAGCAGCAGCAGCAACAGCAGCAACAGCAGCAGCAGCAGCAGUUGCCGCUGCAGCGACGACGGGGCCAUGAGGUGUAUCUACAUCUUCCGCAAGCCACAGAAGCUGAGGGGCCUCUUGCUGCUGAAGAUUUGGCUAUUGGCGAGCCGCUGCAGCAGCAGAAGUCUCUGCCGCCGCAGCAGCAACAUGAACAAGAGCAGCAGCAGCAGCAGCAGCAGCAGCAGCAGCAGCAGCAGCAGCGCUCCGCUCUGUUCGAGCGGUUGGAAACGAAGCAACAGAUGUAG